CAAUCUUCAUCAUCUUAUCCAUUCCAGAAACUCUUUAAUCCCUUUGCAAAACCCCCUCACACUCACAGGGGAUUUUCUUCCAAUGGCUUCUAUCUUCUCCCUCGCUUCACCCUCUUCAUUACUCACCAACCAUUCUUCUAAUUUCAAGGGGAAUGUAAGAACUCUCAAGUCAAGCACUUCUUCAUCGUCACCGAUUCCCUCGGCUGUAGUCAGUUCAAAUGUUCGAUACCGACUGGACAAUUUGGGACCCCAACCUGGUUCUAGAAAGAAAGCCAAGAGAAAGGGAAGAGGUCAUGCUGCUGGCCAAGGUGGGAGCUGUGGAUUCGGAAUGAGAGGACAGAAAUCCAGAUCAGGACCCGGUGUGCGAAGGGGUUUUGAAGGUGGUCAAAUGCCGCUUUAUCGUCGGCUUCCAAAAUUAAGGGGUAUUGCAGGAGGCAUGCACGCUGGAUUAUCCAAAUUCGUUCCAGUUAACCUAAAAGACAUAGAAACUGCUGGAUUUGAAGAAGGUGAAGAGGUUUCACUAGAAUCCUUGAAAGAAAAGGGCUUGAUCAAUCCCUCAGGAAGAGAAAGGAGACUUCCUCUCAAGAUUCUUGGUGAUGGUGAACUGAGUGUGAAACUAAACUUCAAAGCACGAGCCUUUUCUGCACAAGCAAAAGAGAAGCUUGAAGCUGCUGGCUGUUCAUUGACUGUGUUACCUGGCAGAAAGAAAUGGGUGAAACCAUCAGUGGCCAAGAAUAUUGCCCGUGCUGAUGAAUACUUUGCCAAGAAACGGGCGGCAGCUGCUGCGGCUGGUGGUGGUGAGUCGCCGGAAACACCUUCUUCCACCGCUUAAAACCCACGCAAGUGAAAAUCGGAUUUUUUGUUGUUGUAAGAAGAUUGGAAGUUAGAUGUAAAGCCACAUUGAUUCGUAUUUUGUUUGUCUGGAAUCUUAUUUUUUUUUAAUCUCUUUGUUAUCAUCAAGAAUCUAAAGAUCUCAUCUUUUGCUUUCAAAUGUCAAUAUUCUCAUUUGGUGAUUGAUUGAUCUUCUUGUAGAGUUUGUGUACAACUUGAUUUGUGUAACUUUUAGUGUUGAAACUUGAAAGCUUGAAAGUUUACCUCUUGUUUGAUUAUGUGAAAAAUUGUUGGGAUGUUAUAAUCAAAGAAACAUGUAGAAAAUGUCAAGGGAGGUCAAGG